AUGUCGGAGUUUCAGAACAGUAAGCUGACAAUGGAUCUAGCGUUUAUCUUACCUUCUUCAGUCAUAUGUCUCUUGAUAUACCUUUAUCUAGUCAAAAAUUACAACCACUGGCACAAGCAAAAUGUACCCCACGAACGGUAUCCAGUGCCAGGUUUUGGACACAUUUUGCCAUUGUUCACUCUACGGCACCACAUGGGUACGUUGGUCCAAAAGUUCCACCUGGCCAUGGGCAAGAGCAGCAUGUACGGAUGCUACGUCAUGAGGACGCCGGCGAUAGUUUUACGUGAUCCAAAUCUCAUAAAAAACGUGCUCCAAAGUAAUUUUUCAAGCUUUUGCAAUAAUCUACUAUCAGUGCACGAGCACGAGGAUCCCAUACUAUCCAAGAAUCCAUUUUUCGCCAAGGAUGACUUGUGGAUGGAGUCAAGAGUGUUAUUGUCCAAGAACUUUUCCGGCAAAAGAUUAAAGUGCAUGCUUGUCGUAGUUUCACGUGUGUGCGAUAGAAUGAUGAAACACAUAAACAAAUUUCGCAAGGAUGAUGGUGGAGCUGAAUUUGAAUUGAAGGAUCUGUUUUCGAAGGUCAGUGCAGAAGUUAUAGCCAAUUCGGCCUUUGGAAUGGAGGGACACAGCUUCGAGAAUCAGCCUGGAACUUAUUCCAUCGUUAAUAUCGCCAAAGAUAUUUUUGACCCCAGUAUUGUGAGGUACAUUCAUCAGUUGAUACUCUAUUUCCUACCUAAGGUUGCUAAGAUCAUGAGGAUAGGUAUCGUACCAAAGGAAACCAGUGAUUUUAUUAAGAACCACAUUAAGAAUUUCGCCACGACAAGAUUGCAGAGUGGAGAGGUUAGUGGUGAUUACUUGCAAUUUUCCAUGGAAGAUCUGAGCGUAACUGACGAGGAUAUGUUGAUAGCCAAGGCAACGUCUAUACUCUUCGAUGGUUACGAGACCACGAGUUCCGUUCUAGGAUUCAUGAUCUACCGUCUCUCUGAAAACGUAAAAGUGCAAGAUAGGGCUCGCGAAGAAGUUAUGUCAGUAUUACGCAGAUUUGAUAAUAGAUUAACCUACGAAGCUGUAAAUAAUCUUGAUUAUUUGGAGCGAGUGAUGAUGGAGACAAUGAGACUGCACCCGGUGUUUGGUGACAUUAUCAAGAUCUGCAACAGUGAAAUCACAUUAGAGGGGUACGACAAAUUGUCUUGUCAGCUGAGACCAAAGGAUAUCGUUAUCAUUUCGACCAUGGGAAUGCACAUGGAUGAGGAGUUUUGGUCCAAUCCCACGGAAUUUGAACCUGACAGAUUUGAUCCGAAAAACCUAUCAAAAUGGCACAAAUACACCUUUUUAGGAUUUGGGACAGGACCAAGGGUGUGUCCGGGAAAAAGGAUGGGCACAAUGAUUGUGAAGGCCAUAACUGCUGUAUUGCUGAAAAACUAUACUUUACGGAAAUCACCGAGGAUGAAAGGACCCCUAAGAUUAAAUACUAGCACGUUUGCAGCGGUUGUUGAUGAUGGUUUGUGGGUGAACUUUGAAAUGAUCAAGAGUCAUGAUUAGGUAGUUAAGUUUUGCAGGAAUCGACAUUAUAAUAUUGUUUUGUAAUUAUUUACACAUUGUAAAUUAAGUAUAAGAGUGUUCAUGAUAUUUUUAAUGCUUAAAUUAUAAGAAUACAACUAAUAAGUUUUUAAUUUACAUUUUUUGUUUGAAAAAAAUAUGUAAACUCAUCUAUUCCCAGUAAAAACUGUGCUUGCUAAAUUUAUAUCAUCAUGCUUGAAUGUUUAUAAGUAUAACAAUAAAAACGAGAUAAAGAUUUUA